GUGGAGGGUCUCCAUGCUGGGGUUACUGGCGGCUGCGGGCGGCUGCUGCUGCCCUGGCCCCGGGGGACAAGGGCGGUGCCGGCUGAGUCACCGCCUGGGCAUCUGGGACUGGAACUUUGGUGAGGAUGGCCAGACCCCUGGAGCAGGCAAUAGUUGCGGCGAUAUGCACCUUCCAGGAGUAUGCAGGGCGCUGUGGGGACAAGUACAAGCUCAGCCAGUCGGAGCUUAAGGAACUGCUGCAGAAGGAGCUGCCUUCCUGGACCCCGACCGAGUCUCGGGAGUGUGACUACAGCAAGUUCAUGAGUCUUCUGGACACCAACAAGGACUGUGAGGUGGACUUUGCCGAGUUCCUGCGUGCACUCUCCUGCCUGUGUCUCUACUGCCACGAGUACUUCAAGGACUGUCCUCUGGAGCCCUCCUGCUCCCAGUAGCCUGCAGUGCUGCAGAGGACAGGGCAGGGUCUGCCCAACUAACUCCUACACUCCCUUCCCUCCUCUUUCCCCCACCUGUUUCAAAUGGGACCACCCAGUUCACACCUGUUAGAGAACCUGGGUGCCCAGCUGGUGAGGCAGCUCCUGCCCUAGCCCCUGGCCAGCCCAGUCAUCUUGUCUGUGCAGCAGAAGGAGGCAGCGGGGAUGUGCCAUGGGCCCUGCAGAUCCAGUGUGGAAUGUGCCAGUGAGCCCACAAGGGCUUGGGCCUUUCAGCUCCUAAUAAA